UCCAUCUCUAUCCAAACAAACCCUAUUCCCAAACCAAUUCAAGUCUCUUCUUCUCAUUCCUUAGAGAUCUAUCUCAGAGUCAUAGCAGCUGGGGAAAAAUGGGGAGAGGAAGGAUUGAGAUAAAGAGGAUAGAGAACUCAAGUAACAGGCAGGUGACUUUCUCCAAGAGGAGAAAUGGGAUGCUCAAGAAAGCUAAGGAGAUCAGCGUUCUGUGCGAUGCACGCGUCUCGGUCAUCAUCUUCGGCAGCUCCGGCAAGAUGCAUGAGUUCUCCAGCUCCUCGCUUGUGGAUAUUCUGGAUCAAUACCACAAACUCACUGGGAAAAGAUUGUGGGAUGCCAAGCAUGAGAAUUUGGAGAAUGAAAUCAACAGAAUCAAGAAAGAGAAUGACAACAUGCAGAUUGAGCUGAGGCACCUGAAGGGAGAAGAUAUUUCAUCUCUGAACUACAGAGAGCUUAUGAUCUUGGAGGAUGCCCUUCAAAAUGGGCUGAGGAGCAUCUCUGAGAAACAGAUGGAAGUCUGGAGGAACCUUACAAAACGAAAGUAUGAUCAGAGUCAAGGUGUGGCAGAAGAGAAUGAACAACUUAGUUACCGCUUGCGGCAACUGGAGAUAGCAGCGAUGAACCGAAACUUGGGAGAGAUGGGGGAAGUGUUCAACCAGAGAGAGAGCAACGACUAUGAAUCUCAGAUGCCAUUCACCUUCAGUGUGCAGCCAAUGCAGCCCAAUCUUCAAGACAGAUAAAUAUAAUAUAUAUGAAUGAACUGAACUGCAGGUUAUGCAUGCAUGCAUGCAUGGUGCCAUUAUCAUUAUCAGUUAUUACUGCUGGCACCUUAACUAUCUCUAAUGAUGUUUUUAGUUUCCAUGUAUCAGUGUUCUGUUGUAUUAUAAGACUUGUUGUUCUUGUUCGUGAUUAUCAUGUGUUUUGUACUGUCACUUUUGUUUGAAGUACGUACUGGCCGGCUAAGCUUAUUAAUCGUAUAUGUUGGGAUUAUAUGUAUUAUUAUUGUUGAAA